CAUUUCAUAGCCUCACAGGUUCUCUUCAUCUUCUGCGGGAUAAGCUUUCUCACUGUUUUUUUUAUGCGAAGCCAUGGCCGAAGCUUCUAGAAUCUUCCACACCACUCUCCUUCCCGCCUUCUCUCACCUCCACAACAACCGAAAUUCUCACACUUCCUUCACAACUUUCCCGCGCAAAAGACAUGUACUUCAGUGUUCAGUCUCAGCGACAAACGAAACCACCACUACCAAAACGACAGUGACCCAGAAGGUCAUCCCAUGGGGAUGUGACAUAGAUUCAUUGGAGAACGCUUCGGAUCUUCAAAAGUGGUUGUCUGAGUCGGGACUCCCGCCUCAGAAAAUGGGCAUACAAAAAGUUGAGGUGGGAGAGAGAGGUUUAGUCGCCUUGAAGAAUAUUAGGAAGGGUGAGAAGUUACUCUUUGUUCCACCUUCUCUUUUUAUCACUGCCGACUCGGAAUGGAGCUGUCCAGAAGCUGGCGAAGUGUUGAAACAGUAUUCUGUACCUGAUUGGCCUUUGCUUGCUACCUAUUUGAUUAGUGAAGCAAGUCUCCAAAGAUCUUCAAGAUGGAGCAAUUACAUCUCAGCCUUGCCUCGACAGCCAUAUUCGCUUCUAUACUGGACACGUGCUGAACUAGAUAGGUAUCUGGAAGCAUCACAGAUUAGAGAACGGGCAAUUGAAAGGAUUACCAAUGUUAUUGGAACAUACAAUGAUUUGAGGCUGAGGAUAUUUUCCAAGUAUCCUGAUCUGUUCCCUGAAGAGAUAUUCAAUAUAGAAACAUUCAAAUGGUCGUUUGGUAUUCUUUUCUCACGCUUGGUUCGAUUGCCCUCAAUGGAUGGAAGGGUUGCCUUGGUUCCUUGGGCAGAUAUGCUCAAUCAUAGUUGUGAGGUGGAAACAUUUUUGGAUUAUGAUAAAUCAUCUCAAGGAGUUGUGUUUACCACUGAUCAGCCGUAUCAGCCAGGUGAGCAGGUUUUCAUAUCGUAUGGCAAGAAAUCUAAUGGAGAACUUUUGCUUUCAUAUGGAUUUGUUCCAAAGGAGGGAACCAACCCUAGUGAUUCAGUAGAGUUGCCAUUGUCACUUAAGAAAUCAGACAAAUGUUAUGAGGAGAAGUUAGAAGCUCUAAGGAAGCAUGGAUUGUCAGCAUCUGAGUGUUAUCCCAUACAAAUCACUGGAUGGCCAUUAGAGUUAAUGGCAUAUUCUUAUUUAGUGGUCAGCCCACCAAGUAUGAGGGGGCAGUUUCAAGAGAUGGCUGCUGCAGCAUCAAAUAAAACAACCUCCAAGAAGGAUAUAAAAUACCCUGAAAUUGAGGAAGAAGCAUUACAAUUCAUCUUGGACAGUUGUGAAUCAAGCAUAUCUAAGUACUCUAAAUUCUUACAGGAAAGUGGAUCGAUGGAUUUGGAUGUAACAUCCCCAAAGCAACUCAACCGAAGAGUGUUUCUGAAACAGCUAGCAGUUGACUUGUGCACUAGUGAACGGAGAAUACUGUUUCGUGCACAAUAUAUACUCAGAAGGAGACUGAGAGAUAUAAGGAGCGGCGAACUAAGAGCUCUAAGACUCUUUGACAAUUUCAGAAAGCUUUUUAAAUGAGUGUUGUAAGCAACAAGAUGUUCAUCUGUAACUCUUGCUUUCAGCCUUGGAGAACCCUCGGGGGUUUUAAGUCUUUUUCUCCACUUUUACAAUUAAAGAAACUCAUCAGUAUUAUGAAUCACGAUAUAUUUUACGUGUCUUUGUCU